UGGAGUAAAGGACGCGCUCAAUCCUAUCCAGUGGCUGACUGAGUGAAACCAUCUUCCAUCUUUCUAGAGAAGAAGAGUAGAGGAAUCCAAAGACGUGACAGAAUGAACUUGUCCUAUUUGGUUGCGUGUGGACUUUUGGUCAGCCUGCUUUCAGAAAAGAUGACAGCAAAACCUUUAACUCAAACCCAUCAGUCCUUCCAAAGUUUGCUGGGUGAAGAGCUGGCGGAGAUUCUGGAGUCGGAUGAGAGAGAGAGGCGGAUAGACGCUGUGCGCUCUAGGAUGAGGCUGCUGCGUGAUUUACGCAUGGACACCAAGGCCAGAGGGAUGUGGGCUCGUCUUCUCAACGACCAGCCCGCACCGAGGAGGCACAAAUCUGGAAGCAAGAAGGCAGGCUCCACCUCGCGGAGUGGCUGCUUCGGACACAAGAUGGACAGGAUAGGGACCAUCAGCGGAAUGGGCUGCUAGGGCUUGGAGCUGCGCAGAGACGGUCUUUGGACGAUGGGUUUGGACAACAUAAGCCAAGUGUGUUGCCACCUGAGGAAAAUUUUUAAACUGAAAAUUUUUAGGUACGAAAUUGCCCACAGCAAGCAUGGGAAAAGACUGAGAAGACAAUGCUGCAGAAGCCUCACCACUCUCUCUCUAUACAUAUAUAUAUAAAAAUAGUAAAUAUGCAAGUAUAUAUUCAUCAUUGUAUGCCAUACAAUAUGGUCUACAGAUACAAACAAAGAUGCAUACUCUGACGUUGUGGACAAUGGUGUAAAAACUACAAACCGCAAAAGCUGUACAUUAUUGCUGCUGCUGCUGCUGCUGCUGUACAUUCAAGUACUUCAUCCCCACUUGCGUAAAUGUAUUUAUGUUUUAAAUA